GAUACAGCCAGGGCCAACAUUGUAUAAAACGUCGUCUGUUGUGGUGACUGUGAGAAGAGUUGUUCUUUUGUUGGAACAGGGGAGCAAAAGUGAAGAAGAUGGAGUUCUGCCCAACAUGCGCGAACCUGCUGCAAGUGGAGCCAGCUAGUGCCGGUCGUAAAUCAAGAUUCUUUUGCCCUACCUGUCCUUACAUUUACACCAUUGAUCACAAGAUCACUAAAAAGGAGAGGCUGCCAAAGAAAGAGGUGGAGCCCAUUUUCAGCUGGGCCGAAUCUAUGAAAAAUGCCCCUAAAACCCAAGCAACCUGCCCAGCUUGUGGCCAUGGCGAGGCGUGUUUCAAGCAGAUCCAGAUCCGAUCAGCUGAUGAGCCCAUGACGACGUUUUACAUGUGUUGCAAUGAGUCUUGCAGACGGGACUGGCGGGAAGACUGAUCCAUAAUUACAUGAAUCGCAAUAGGUGUUCUACUUUGUAGUUUGCAGUUUGAUGACUUGAAAAUUUUCUGAGUUCGUUGAGGCAGGCUCUUUUGUUUCAUUAGUCAAUUCUCAUGAUUUUUGGUUCAUGCCUAGUUUGAUGAACAAGGAUGAUUCUCUAGUUUGACAUAGCUUGAUCUAACAAUCAAAAUUGAAUUUACAUAAAAAAAAGGCCAAUUAAUCGAAGGUUAGGAUUGUUCAAUCGA